ACUUCCGGCGCCGGGCGCUGAGAGGCCCUGGAAACUCGGCUGUUUCGACAUGGCGGUGACCCUAAGUCUCUUGCUGGGCAGGCGUGUGCGCGUUGCCGUCGCGCGCUCUGGGGUCGCGACCAGGGGGGUGGUGGGCACGGGCCUCUUCGCUCGCGAGUCAGACCUGGACUCCGACUGGGAGCUGGAGGAGCGGGAGCUGCAGGAAGUGGAGAGCACCCUGAAACGACAGAGAAAAGCAAUCCGAUUCCAGAAAAUUCGGAGGCAAAUGGAAGCCUCCUGUUCCCCGCCCCGAACCCUGACGUGGGCAGCCAUGGAGCAGAUCCGGUAUUUACACAAGGAAUUUGCAGAGUCCUGGUCAGUUCCCAGGUUGGCUGAAGGCUUUGAUGUCAGCACUGAUGUGAUCCGAAGGGUUUUAAAAAGCAAGUUUGUACCCACAUUGGAGAAGAAACUGAAGCAAGAUCAGAAAGUUCUUAAGAAAGCUAGGUUUGCCCACUCACUGCAGCAGAUCCCUGGCCCUGGACGUACCUCGAAGCCACUCUCUGCAGGUUACUCUGUAUUAGGCCCUUUGCUGAUGCCAGGGGAUGAGGCUUCAUCCAAAAGCCAGAGUCACAGCAUGGCUUUGAAAUUGAUAGAGUCAAACUCUCAAAGUACAAAUACACCAAGUAGACAGAAGGGAAGGAAUAAAGGAUUCCAGAAACUCGAGGAGAGUUCUGUGCCUGUCCCUGCAGCCCUGGAUCAUCAGAGAGCACUGCAGAAAUGUUCUACGAGUGAUUGUGAGGGCACCCCACAAGCUCACAAUGAUGGAUUGCCAAGCAAUGAGAAGUUGUUGGAGUUGAAGGCAGGGGAACUGGGUGACCAGAAUGUCAGCAACAAAGUAGUGCAGAGGGGGCGGGAGUUCUUUGACAGCAGUGGGAACUUCUUGUACAGAGUUUGAGCCGGGCUUGGCCUGUGGCAGUGCCUCAUGAAACACAACUGGGGGCGGUGCCUGUGGCUCAGUCCGUAGGGCGCUGGCCCCAUAUGCCGAGGGUGGUAGGUUCAAACCCGGCCCCCGCCAAACUGCA